UUUAGAAAAGGAAAGGUCUUAUAUUCACAAAAACACAUAGCAUAAGCAAAUGCAAUAACUUAGUGUGGGAACUUAAACCAACAAUGAUGCAUAAAAAACAUAGGAAAACAUUGAACUUACAUUCCCGAGGAGAAAGCAACAUCAUUCAACUCCAUUACAGCUCUCAGCAUGACGAUUACACCUGUGAAAAUGAUUCAAAACACCAAUCAAACACCAAAGAAACCUCAUACCACGGGGAGUCCUCCCAUGCGCCAAAUAUAAUAAUGCAUUACUACUCUAACUCGACAGGCGCGUCGAGCUCUCCUUUGCAAUACUAUUCUAAUCGAUGUGAAACUACUAUGAAUGACCUCUACACCAAUACUGAUGAUGAUAACCAUUUUUUGGAGGACCUCUUAUCCCCAACAACGGUUCCCUCCGCAGAUGACAAUUCGUUUACUCAAAGCAAUGCUAAUGAUAUCAAAAAUGAACCAAAGGAAAUGGAAAAUCAAAAAUUGAAUACCCCUAUUAAGGUCUCAGAGGCUUCAUGGGAGAGCUCUUAUUUGUAUGUUAUCACUGAUGUAAUAUGGAAGGUGUUAGAUACGCCUAUAAACAUGUACAAAAACGUUGACAACGAACGACUGCCAUGGAAGUCGGAUUUCAUGAAUCUCGAUCGGAUGAGCAUGCCAGCCAAUUCAAAAGAAAUGCUCUCGCGGAUUAACCUGAACAUCCCCUACUACGCGUUAAACUAUAUGGAGCUAUCCUGCGUAAUCACACUGCCUUUUUUGUAUUUCUAUAAUUUUCCAUAUUUUGUAGUUUAUUCUAUCACAUGUAUGCUGCUCUACAGUGUUUUAGUAAACGGCAUUGAAUCUAGUCAAUCGCAUAAUUAUGUUUGCUUCUGUGGUUUACAAAUUUCGUACCAUAACCUCGGACAUAGCUUGUUAUUUGCGUACGGUGUUAUAUUUAUUUUUUCAGAGGGUGUAAAGACGUGGUUGUUGGUGACUUUAAUGAACCUUUUCAUCAUUAUUCCACAUGCCUUGUGGAGAACUCCAACAUAUUUUGAUGAUGAGAAGCUGGAAAAGUGCCGUCCACGGUUGGUGCGCAAUGCGUUGAUGCUGUUGAUGUUAUUUUUGGUCUACCUCGAAGGUGACCUCCUCAGCCCGGAAGAUGAAAUGCGUUCGAAUGAAAAUCUGCGGAAUGCGGAGAAAGAACGAGAAAGAUUAAGGAUAUCCUUUGAGGAUACUUAAGAAUUUAGAAAACUGAAUGAUUCCUGUCUGAGGUUAACGAAAGUCACAUGAAAUGAAAGAGUUCUGAAAAAAAAAAGUAUACAUACAAUAAUAUAUAUAUUUGUAUAUAUAUAUAUCGAAAGAGAGAGAGAGAGAGAGAUAACUCUGAUUUACUGCCCUACCUUCAAAAGUAAAGAUGAGGUUAUAUAUAAAAGCAAGAAUGUACAUCCAGAAUGAAGGGAAAGGCAAUGUGAGUCCAAUAUAUCUACCUCCUAUUU